AUGGAACCAGACCAACUAUAUAGAAAGGAAUCAUUCAUCAUGAGAUUACUUCAAUCUAUUAUUAUAUUCAUUGUAACAUUGGUUGCAUUGUAUGAUGUUGUAGCUGCAUCAUACUUGUUCUCUGGCUCUUUGAGUGCCAUGGAAUCAUCACAUAAACAUAGUCAAGUACCAAAGGGUUGGUUAUCAACAAAGAGAUUUAUUCCAUCUGAUCAUACCAUCACUUUAACAUUUGCACUUAGACUUCGUAACAUGAAUUUAUUAGAGGAUAUGUUAAAUGAAGAAAUAUCAAAUCCAGAUUCAUCAAACUAUAGAAACUAUUUGACACGUGAUCAAAUCAAUGAGAUGACAAUGCCAGAUGAAGAGGAAUCACAUAGAUUGAGAUACUGGAUUGCCAAUGAAUUGAAUGGUGAAAUUAUCAAAGAGAGUGCUGGUUUUAUUGUGACAGAGGUCUCAAUCGGCGAUGCUCGUCGUGCUUUGGACACUCAUUUUGAAAGUUUCAAACACAAGGACACUGGAAAGGAGGUUAUCCGUACUUUGGGUCCAUACCAUAUGCCAGCUGAAUUGGUUGACGUUGUUCAAUUUGUUGGUGGAACUACUCGUUUCCCAAAUGCCAAGUUAUCGUCACACAGCAAGCCAAACCACCAAUUCUUCAAUCACGUCGAACAAUUAAAGUCGGGCAAGAUUGGUGCAUCAUCCAACUCACCAGUCAUUUCUAGAAUGUAUGCUGGUGACCAAUCAUUGGCAUUCCUUAUCUUACCAGUUUGUCAAGAUGGAUCUACUUCAACCAACUCGCAAUCCAUCUGCAGUGGUUCAUUUACUGGUGUCACAGUUGCAUCGACCAACACUGCAGCCAUUCAAACCACCUUUACCGCAAGUAAUGGUUUGGUUUGUGCUUCUUGCAAUGCUUUCCCAAAUAGCUUGGCACAAGGUAGUUGCGAUCGUUCCAACACUGCACUCAACUUGACCGCAUCGACUGUCUAUUGUCUCAGUCCAGAGAUCUCGUCACCAUUGCUCCAAAACUACGUGCCACUCAACCUCACAUUCACCACUGGGUACACUGGCGGUCAGUCGUCGACUCCCUUCUCGCUCACCACCUAUCUCGGCCAGUUCCUCACCCCACAAUUCAUCCAACAACUCUACGACAUGCCCGCCCUCGAGGGAAGCUACCCACCCAACGCUCCCGUCAGUCCAAACACCGUCGCUGUCGCCGAGUUCCUCGAACAAUACUAUGCACCAGCCGAUCUCGAGCAGUUCUUUAACAUGGUCGGUCUCGACCCACGUAUUGCCGACCGUGUCAACGUCAUUGGCCCAAAUAACAUCACCAACCCAGGUGGCGAAGCAUCCUUGGAUAUCCAAUGGUUGCUCGGUUUGGCUCCAGGCUACAACACCACUUUCUGGUCACUCGCCGGUCUCGUCGACGGUCAAGAACCAUUCCUCGAAUGGAUCACCGAUGUAUUAAACAGCCCACAAGUCGUCUACACACACAGUGUGUCGUAUGGUGACGACGAAGGUUCUCUCUCACUCGACUUUAUGCUCCGUAUCAACGACGAGUUUAUCAAGGCUGGUUCAGUUGGUAUCACCAUUGUCUUCAGCUCCGGCGAUGUGGGGUGCAAUAGCAAUAGCGAGCCAUUAGGUAACUCGUUCCCAGCUUUCCCAGCAUCAUCUCCCUAUGUCCUCGCUGUCGGUGCCACCCAACUCUCAACAAAAACUACACCAGUUUGUUCUGUCAAGGCUGUUGGCAUCCUCAGCAUUCCAUGCAACACUGUCGGUGAAAUUUCCAGCAGUAUUGCCACUGGCUCUCGUAUCACCUCUGGAGGAGGUUUCUCCAAUGUCUUUGGUCGUCCAUCAUACCAAGACAACUUUACUGUCGACUAUAUCAACACUCAUCUCCAAAGUCUUCCAGCCGGUUUUUACAACACCUCUGGUCGUUCCUACCCAGAUGUCAGUGCUCUAGGUCACAACUUUUUGGUCAUCCUAGCCGGUGAAAUUAUCCCAGUCGAUGGUACAAGUGCCGCCGCCCCAACCAUGGCAUCUGUCAUUGCUAUUAUCAACGAUAGAUUAAUUCAAAAGGGUCAAUCUACUUUAGGUUUUGUAAAUCCAACUCUUUAUAAGCUAUCUGCAUCGAAUCCAGAAAUCUUCCAAGAUAUUGUUAUGGGUGAUAAUUCAUGUUCAGAAGUACUUUGUAACCAAUAUGGUUUCCCAGCUGUACCAGGUUAUGAUGCCUCAACUGGUAUGGGUAGACCAAUCUUUUCAGCUUUAGAUCGUGCUAUUAGACAUGAUGAUAAUUAA